AUGGGAGCAGAUGGCGGAACAUUAUGUGACCGAAGGGAUAUCAUAGUCAAGACCAAAAAACAAGAUAAAAAACCAGACAAGGAGGCAGUUAAUUUUACAAUUUGGAAUUUAUGUCGGUUAACAAAAGAACCCUUACAUGAUCCGAUUGUAAUGGACAAAGUUGGAUUUUUAUACAAUAAGACAAGUCUUUUGGAAUGUUUAAUUGAUAAAAAGAAAAAGAAGAAACAUAAGGAAAUAAUUGGACACAUUGGUAAAUUGAGUGAUAUUAAUGAUGUAAUUUUAGAGAAAAAUCCCGAUUUCUCUGAAGAGGACAAGGCAGAAACAAUGGAUAAAACAGCAGUUUCUUUGAUUAGAAAAUCCAGGUUCAUUUGUCCUGUAUUGAGGGAAGAAAUUAGAGGACAAUUCUCUGUUUAUUGUAUUUCGAGUUGUGGACAUGUAAUGAGUGAGAAGGCAAUUGGUUUAGCAAAAAAAGAUGGAUGUUGCAUGCUUUGUGAAAAACCUUUUCAAGAAAGUGACAUUAUCAAAGUUAAUCCUGAAUCAACAGCAGCCAAGGAAAUUAUUGAACAGAUUAUUUCUGAAAAGUCAAAUGAAAAAAAGAGGAAAAAAACUACAAAAGAAGAAACUAACAAAAAAUCCAAAACCUCAUCCAUUGCCAACGAAGAACAUAUUUGUAAAGAAAGUACUGAAUAA